AUGCUGCCCGCUACGGGACAGCCUGGAUGGCCCAGGUUUGUCACGCUGGUGACGUUCGACCCUCCCUCCAGGGUUCCAACACUGCCAAUGGGCUCUACUGGCCCAGCAACUCGGCGUCGUCGGACAGUGCUUCCUUGGUAUGUCCGAAUUAGAGAAGACCAUAGUACACUGGACACCCCUGAGUCUGGUACCUGGGAGAAGUUCUCUGCGGCACACAUAGACCUAAUGAAUACUGCAAAGACGCCUUCUGGGCUUACCAGUAAACAGUACGCCCACGUCCCACACUCAUUCCCAGCAGCCGUCCACUUUUUACACAGUCUCGGCGAUUUCGGACUGCCUGGUCGGUCGAGCCAAAUGGCACGGCCCAGUGACAACAAGGGAACUGGAUGUCCUGCUUGGGCCAGACGAGGAGGCUGUGAUACAAUAUGUGCGCACCCAGAGGGCCAGCGCCCAGCGCAAGUAUGCCAGCAUGUUUGA